AUGGCAAUGACACAGGCGAACUCUACAAGCGUGCUGCAACAGCUCGAGGCUGCCUUGAACGUGCUGAAUCAAUUGUGCAUUGGUUUCGUGACCAUUUGGGUUAGUUGGACAUGUCUUCGCACAGGACUCCAAGGAAUAGCUUUGCAUGCCUGGCUAGUGACCUUUGGCUUUUGUUUCCUUAUGGCCGAAGCCAUGAUGUGCUUCUACGAUGGCAAUUGGUUGACGUUACGUUACACACGAAAACAAAAGACGGCUACGCAUGUGGUGCUGCAGCUUUUGGGCGGUGGCAUGGGCGUGGCUGGCUGUCUCAUCCAACUGAUUCGAGAUGAUUUCACCAUUUCGGUAACAGUGCAUGCGCGUCUGGGUUUCGCAACAUUUGUGCUAUGUCUGAUCAGCUUACUGAGUGGCUUGCUUGCCGUUUUAGCCCGCUCCAUGUCCCGUUGCUGGUCACCAUUGCUCAACAAGACGGUACAUGUGGUUCUCAGUUUUGGCACAUUUGUCGUGGCCAUGUUGGCGCAAUAUUACGGCUACACACAGGCCGGCAUAUUCAAAAGCCAGGGUCAAGAUUUUGUUAUUCUCAUUCAGGUAGUUACAUUGGUAAUGAUGAUCUUGACUUGUAUAGGGCCGAUGAAGUCCCUUUAUUAUAAGUUCGAAAGCAUAGCCAACUAA